GUGUUUGUGGAGACACUGGACAAGUGCUUUGAGAAUGUCUGUGAGCUGGACCUCAUCUUUCACAUGGACAAGGUUCACCACAUCUUGCAGGAGGUGGUGAUAGGCGGCAUGGUGCUGGAGACCAACAUGAACGAGAUCGUGGCACAGGUGGAGGCCCAGAGCAAGCUGGAGAAGGCGGAGGGAGGCCUCUCAGCUGCUCCUUCUCGUGCGGUCUCGGCUGUGAAGAACAUCAACCUGCCAGAGAUCCCUCGCAACAUCAACAUCGGAGACAUCAACAUCAAAGUGCCCAACCUGUCGCAGUUCAUGUGA